AUGGCCGCCAAAAAUUCGAGCCGUACAACUCGUUCAGCAUCGUCAAAAUCGCUCAGCAAGACCACGUUACCCAAGAAACCUACCAAAACACAGGCCAAAAAAGCAAAAUCUACACGGCGGGCCAAACAGAAGGAGGCUGAGGUGCUUGUAGAGUCAUCGGAUGGAGAAUCGGAUUGUUCUGAGAUAGAGAACGAGGCAGAAGGAGAGGAUCUAUCCAAAUGCUCGAUUGAUUGGCACAAAGACCAUCCGUGA